AUGGCUGGUGUCGAAGGUGCAGAAGCAUCCACAAGCAUCCCAAGUCAGCUUGCAAUUUUAGUUCCGAGUUUCGACCCAUCGAAGGAUGACUUACAGGUGUAUCAGCAGAAGAUACAGUUGGUCUUAGCAGUUUGGCCUCCUGGAAAACUGUCAGAGUUGAUCACACGAUUGAUCUUGAAUACAUCAGGGUCAGCCUUUGCAAAACUCCAGUUACAUCAGGAAGAGCUCUGUGUGAAUGAUUCGAAAGGCGUGAAACGCCUCAUUGAACUCCUUGGAGGGCAUUGGGGCCAAAUUGGCCUUGAGAAAAAGUAUGCCGACGCAGAGAGAGCUUUGUUCCAGUGUACGCAGAAGUCCGACGAGAGUCACGACUCUUUUCUGGCCCGUGCGGACAUUUUGUGGACAAAGCUUAGAACCCAGAAGCUUCAGAUAGAAGAUCUGCAGGCUUACAUCACACUGAGGGGAUCGCUUCUCAGCAGCGAAGAUAAGAAGCGAGUGAUUCUGGAAAGUGAUGCAUCUCUAGAAGGGAAACUCACCAUCGUUCGGGUUCAAGAGGCAAUCAGACUUUUGGGAACCACGUUCUUUCAAGAGAUGACAGGGUUGUCAAAGACUUCAGGUAAGACCAAGGUGUAUGAUCAAGUUCAUGCCGCAUUAGAUGAAACCGAAAACCAAACUGAAGCUGAUGACCCAGCUUUCACUGCCCAGCAUGACGAUGUACCGGAAGAAGAAGUAAUGGAAGCUCUUAUCGCCGAAGGCGAUGAGGAUGCAUGUUUUGUGGCCGAUUUCGAAAGUGCAGCAGCCGACAUACUUCAAGGUGAUCCCGAUCUCUCCUCGGCAUUUUCAGCUUACACUGAGGCCCGGAGGAAGCUGAGUGAAAAAGUGAGAUUUCGAGGUUUCUGGCCAGUUCAGAAAGGUCGGGGAAAAGGAAAGAACAAGGGAAAAGGGAAAUUCAAGAAUCCAUGGUCAGGCCGCAAGAGCUUGCAGCAGAGGAUAUUGGAAAGUAACUGUAGACUGUGUGGACGUAAAGGACAUUGGAAAAGUGAGUGUCCAAUGCGCAGUCAAAGUGCCUCUUCCAGCACCGCAGCCUCUGCCCCAGUGACGCUCUCUGUUGGAGCCCUCGCUUCCAUGGAUGAAGUCAUGCCGCUCGAGUUCAUGAAGUUGCCAGAGGUGGAUCCACCAUCUACCCAGGACAUCCGUAGAUUGAAUCUCGCUUGCGUGCAUCCGCCGUUGACAGCCGUGCCGAGCCCUGUGAAUCUGAGAGAGCAUCCGUCCCACCGGUUCCGAUCCAAAGGUGCCACACCGUUUUUACUCUCCAAUACCCUGUUGAGAGCUCUUGGUGCAGUGGUUGACACCGCCUCAAAUGCCUUGGUCAUGCCUAAACAUGGUACCCAGGUCCAGCUUGCUUUGUCGCCCAAAGGCUUGUACCUGCUUGAUUUAAACAAACUGAUUCAGGCGGGUUGUCAAGAGAAAGAUGCCUCCAGGGUUGCUGAAACUUUUGCACAAGACAGCAUCGCCGAAGAAAGCAAAAUAUCGGAAUCAAUGGGUCGAGAGGAAGAUGUUCAGAAGGUCGUCACAGGUUCAAAGGUAAAAGCCAGCUCGUCAGCCGAAACUCAACAUCACAUGUCAUGCCAAGAGACCGUUUUGAAAUCAACCAACAUGCCGAACAGCAUCAUGUCCACGUCAUGCAAUUCAGAAGAUGAUCAAUCCAAGUUUGUACAGAAUCCGAAAGACCAUCAGCCUCAAAGCAAUCCCGUCGUGUCCCAAGUGAUCGCAUCGUGUGAACGUCAUGAGCGAGUGGACCCACCGUCUCCAGAGGAAGCCAUCGAUCACAUCCCACUGUCAGCUCUGAAAGAAGAGAGAAUGUCAUUUGGCAAAACCCACGUCGGAAAGACCUACAUGGAGGUGUGGAUGUCGAGCCCGGAGUGGACCAAGUGGUUCCUUCAACAUUACGAGUCCAGCAAGAAGUUGUCCCAUCGAAAAAUGAUUCGAUUCAUCAAGUUGAUGAUAGAGGAGACAGCUCGCAUGGGGAAUCUGGAGAAUGCCUUGCACCAGAUCCUGCAGCACUUGGUGCCAGAGCCGGUCGAGACCUUCCCGACGAUGCCCAUCGACGAGGAGACCUGCAAUCUGAAGAAGGCCGAGCCAAGCUGUUCCAGUUGGUUGGAAGGAUCCCUCAUGAUGUCCAUUCCGUACGUGCAGGAAAUUUAUAGGUCGACCUUUUCCGAAUGGUAUCCCCGCCGAUUUGCCAGACGGGUAGCAAGAAUCCUGAUGAAGAAUCAAUAUCCCAAAGAAAAACCUUUCAGCAGUUUGUGCGAUCCAGCAUUGGUGUUGAUUGAUGCAGUCUGUGCAGCCGGUGAAAGGGAAGCCAAGCGCCAGCGAAUGUCUGCCGGCCGUUCCAAGAAAUCUCAGUCUGCAGACAGGCAAUCCGACAGUGAUCAUAUCCACAAGAAAACCAAGACCAUGGGUGAAGAUAAAGACACGUCAUCAAACACCGAAGCAUGUCAGGAACCACCUGAUCAAGCACAUGAAAUCAUGCAGAAGAUCGAAAAAAUACUUCCCAGAGUAGGUCGCAAAGUUUUUGAUCAGCCCGACAUCAAGCAAGCCAUGCAAGAGAUGUUUCCUGAAAAGAUAAUCAAGUGUAUUGUUGCAUGUAAGGGAACGGAACGUGCCUUGGCCCCACCUGAAGGUCUCAACAAAAGGGAAGCACCUUUUCGGCGAGCCAUCAUGAAACUUAGAAGCAAUGGCAGUAUCAUAAUGGAGCCAGAAUGGGAGAAGCAUGACACGUUGUCCCAAAGGAAAAUCGUGCGCAAGUCACUGCCCUGUCGGGUCAAUAUAACUGUCUUUGCAGCCAAUCCCAUCACCACAGCAGCUCCAUCGAUGCCGCCAAAGAGCGAUCCAAAUGUACAGGCUGAAGCAUCUCGGCUAGAUGCAGGUGUCUCAUCCGAAACUGUUCCAGCAACCCAGGAAAAGCAUGAGACGCAGGAACCCGAGAGUAAUCCGUUGGUUGCACCAUCCUCUGAAGAAAGUGAUGAGAUAAUCGAAAGGGAUCCAGCAGUUUCCCAAAUCUCGCAAGAGACACCAACAUCAGCAGUACAUGGUCCAAGAUUCAUGGCCUUGCCGAAGGAAGAACAGGCAAUGAUCAAGCGAGCCCAUCAGAAUCUCUGCCACCCGAGCCCAGAACAAUUCAGUGCACUUUUGCGCCAGCAGGGAGCUCGAACUGAACUCCAGCAGGCAGUGUUCGACUUGUCAUGCCCGGUAUGUGCCACCAUGAAGAAACCAAAGAUUGCCCGACCAAGCACGGUAAAACAUGAAUUGGACUUCAACGAUAAAAUCUUUGUAGAUGGAAUCACUUGGACAAACAAGUCAGGGAGAAACUUUCAUUUUUACCACAUCAUUGAUCAGGCAACCAAUUACCAUGUGGCAGUUCCAGCACCGAGCAGAACCACCGAAAAUGCCAUCAGGUGUUUGUCCGAGGCAUGGCUCAUGUGGGCAGGGGCACCGAACAUGAAAGUAACAGACUCUGCAACGGAAUUUCUCAGUGAAGCCUUUCAGAAUUUUCUUCAACGUCACGACAUAAAGCCCGUGACCACUGCACCGUAUGCCCACUGGCAGAAUGGCCGGUGUGAACGCCAUGGCGACAUCCUUCAGCACAUGUUAUCCAAAGUAGAUCUUGAGUAUCCAGUAGAGACCUAUGAAGACUUGCUGCAAGCCCUGUUGCAAUGUACCAACGCGAAAAACACUUUGAGUAUUCGUAGAGGGUAUUCCCCAGAAACACUAGUGUUUGGAAAAUGCUCAAAACUACCUGGAUCCCUUUGCAGUUCUGAAGGAUUUUCCUCUUUGGCAAGUGCAGACCGCGAAGAUGCCACAGGCAUUGCUUUCAGGAGGAGUUUGGCAUUGCGUGAGAAAGCUCGUACUGCCUUUCACCAGGCAGACAAUGACAUGGCACUCCGACGUGCAUGCCUGAGACGGUCUCGUCCCAAGCGAGACGCCUAUGAAGGGGAUGAGUUGGUAACGACACACCUCCUAUGUGUUGAAGAUGAAGUCAUGGUUGUGGAUCCAAUUGAGGAACCCUGUGCGUGGCGCUGUGAACUGGAACUCCCGAAUGCCUUGUGCUCCAAAGACCUCGAGUCCUGGUCACCAGAUGACAUCCUUCUGGCCACCACCGAAAAGAAACAACGCACAGAGGACGAAAUAUGCAAGCUUGACAAGUCAGCGUAUGGACUUAUCGAUGCACCAUUUUUGUGGUUCAAGACCCUACAUGAUGAAUUGCUGUCCCUGGGGUUCAUUGCAUCUCCAUUUGAUCCGUGCGUUUUCUUGCUGAAGAAUCCAAAUGCACCAGUGACCGACACUGAACGACAUCUCCUGCGUGGCCUGAUCGGCUCGUUGCAGUAUGCUGCGGUCCACACUCGACCGGAUUUGGCAAGUUCUUUGAGUUUUCUUCAAUCAGACAUUAACAAGGUAACCAAAGGGGCUGUCUCAUGCAGGCACGUGGCUCAGGAAGCCAUUGGUUUUUCAGGAAGAGAGGCGGGUGGGAAAAGCCUUGACGCCAUAGAACUGGCAUUGGCCGUGGACGGCCGUUAG